CUUGAAAAGACAAUUAGAAGUGUGGAAGACACAGAGGAGAGCAGUUGUGCUGUCGUCGACACCAAUCCACUCUUAAAGAGGGAAAACUGGCGCAUACACUCAGCAUCCUGAGUAACUGUCUACUAAUCUCGAAUCAAGUUCCCUCCCAACUAACAAAAGCAUGGUGUUAGGUAUCGUUGCUUCUCUGGUGGGUCUAGUUAAAGUCCGUCUCCUACACACUAACAUUGAUAACUACGUGUUCAGACUGCACUAUCGCUGGACUACCACUUUCUGCUACUUAGCCUGUGCCCUGGUGGCUGCUUCAGACUACAUCGGCAAAGCUAUCCAGUGCUAUGAAGGCUCAGGCGCCCCAGCACCUAAACCCAUCAACACCUACUGCUGGAUUAUGUCCACUUUUACCAUAAACACCACCAACACUGAUGGAUCUCACUACAGCCAUCGUGGAAGUAAUUUUGAAGGUACGGGGACUUACGACCCGAUCAGACAUACUAAGACCUAUCAUGCCUACUACCAGUGGGUCCCAUUCGUUCUCUUCUUCCAGGGAUGCCUCUUCUAUCUGCCUCAUCUCAUGUGGAAGGCCAGUGAGGGCAAGACAGCAGACACCCUCCUUCAGGGACUCCAGUUCAACUCCAUGGACGACGAUCGCGAAGUGAAGAGAAAUAACAUUGUCAAGUACUUACAGUCAUCCUGGGGUCGUAAUGGAAGGUACUUUUCAGUGUACAUUAUAUGUGAGACUCUCAACUUUAUCAACGUUAUUGGUCAAAUGUUUCUCCUGGACACUUUCUUCGGUGGCGUCUUCAUGACCUACGGGACUCAGGUAUUGAAGUACAUGGUAGAGGAUGAAGAUGAUGGGAUGCACGACCCCUUGAUUACGACCUUCCCCAGAGUUACAAAGUGUGACUUCUACAAGUACGGUCCCUCGGGAUCUGUGGAGCGUCGUGAUGCGGCCUGCAUCCUCCCGCAGAAUAUGUUAAACGAGAAGGUCUUCAUCACAAUGUGGUUUUGGUUCGUCAUCCUUGCCACCUUCACCGCCAUACAGAUUGUGUGGCGCCUAGCUAUCGCUUGCAGCCCCGUCCUGCGUGUCAGAGUCCUGGAGCGUCGAGGAAAGAUCUCAGCCACACCAGAAGUGGAACGGGAGGUUCGACUCCUCCAUCUGGGCGACUACUUUCUUCUGGAUAUCUUGGGUCGCAAUCUCGACGCAUGUAACUUCCAGGAAGUGCUCCUGACGGCGCUGGGGUGCAAGGACAGUGAUGACAACGACAACACCUAUCACUCCUACUGCCAACCUGAAGAGGAUGAUCCUCUAGCUCGCAAACGUCAGAUGGAGCACGAAGACACUCCUGUAUAAGACAAACACAUCUAUAGUACGCCAUAAACUACAUAAGCUUUAUGUAGCGAAGUACAACAUUCAGUUACUUCCACAUGCGAUAAAUUCACAAAUUUAAACAUAUGUCAUUAAUGUAUUCACGUGCUAUACUGUGAUAAUGCUUACAGCCUCGUCUUGUUCUGGUAUGAGGCCAGUUCAGGGGUAGGUGUAUGAGAAAGUCAGGCCUCCGGUUUCUGGCUUUCUGAUUUAGGCAGCGGUAACCUGGUGCUAGGCUCUUGCUAUGAAGCUUGAGUGUGUUACCCAUCUUCAUUUUUAUUUUCAGUAAUAGGACAGGGGUUCUAGAAUUCAAUAAGAAUACUCAAAAAUUUCAGAUUCAACACUCAACAGUGGAAUCAUCAUGUCAUCAGGAGAAUGGUUUACACUUACUUGUUUAUACACUAAGAUGUGUGUGGCUCACCGUAUUAUAUAUAUAUAUAUAUAUAUAUAUAUAUAUAUAUAUAUAUAUAUAUAUAUAUAUAUAUAUAUAUAUAUAUAUAUAUAUAUAUAUAUAUAUAUAUGCUGAGAGUCUACUUAAAUUCAUCCUAUUCAAGUUUUAAAAUAGAAUUGAAAAACAGACCCUGGCUGUCUUCAAGAGAGAACUCGAUCAGUUCCUGACCAGCCGAGCUGUGGUUUGUACGUCGGACUGCGAGCGGUCAGCAGUAACAGCCUGGUCGAUCAGGCCCUGAUCCACCAGGAUGCCUGGUCUGGGGCGGGGGGCGUUGACCCCCCAAAACGUCUUUCAGGUAACUAAACUAUAAUAUGGAGAAAGAUGAUAUGUAAAUCGUGAUGUGCAUACAUACACUGAAACACACAGUGGGUAUGUAUCUUAUAUAUUUUGAAUAGGAGUCCUGGUGAUUAAUAAUUUUUUCAGGUGAAUUACAGCCAUAUUUAAAGAUUCAUGUACAGUGGAUAGGCUAUAAUACUAACUUUAAACUAUACACCACCAUAUCAUAACCUCAGAGGGAGACUUCUUAUUUUGACAUAAACAUGACGAAUAAAUCACCAGGCAGAGGUUGAGGCCUGGUAUAAGUAUUUACCUUUGUUUUAUCUUAUUACAAGAUAUAAAAUACAGUGUCCCCCAGGGGGAUGAUGGGUGAGGUUAUCGGGUGACAUCAGCUAUCAUCACUUGUGUACUGCAUGUUUGUGUUGGUAAGUAUUGUAAUGUGAUUUUUAUUCUGUAUAUACGGAUGUGUUGACAUUCCAAAUUACAUUUUGUAUAUCUUGUUAAUAAAGAUUCCGAGAA